UAUUAAGCUGUCCAGAGCUGUGCCUGAGUAAAACUGACUACUAAUUUUUGGAAAGGUUUGUGGUUAUAUUCAAAUGUUAUUCUAGUUUCGUUCGUGUGCUAUAACACAGUCACCCUGACUCAGAACGGACAGUUUUAGAGGUAACUAUGAACGUGGAAGUGGAACGAAAAUUUGUGUGUGAUCCAGACAUUCAGAAAAAGUUAAAGGACAUUGGAGCUGUGUGCAUUGGCCAACGGCGAUUUCAAGACCAAUAUUUUGAUUCCCCAGACUUUGACCUGACCUUAAAAGAUUUCUGGUUGCGAUGCAGGGAAGGUUGCUGGGAACUCAAAUGCCCUGUGCCCAAGAAGACAGCAGCCAUUCAGAAAGACAGUCAGGCAGAAGGACUGUGUUCACGCUAUAGGGAGAUAACCAGUUUACCUGAAAUAAAGGCUGAACUGACAAGGGUUAUGGCAGAUGAAAAAAGAGAGAGAGAUAGAGGUGUGGCUGAGUGUGACACAUUGGAUGACUGGCUGAAGGAGAUGAGUUUGGGUUGCUUUGCCAAGUACACCACAGAGAGAUGCUCAUUUUCGCUGGAGGAGGAGGGAGAGGAGGGGGCUGUAGGCGUUGAUCUCGACCAGGCUGACUUUGGAUACUGUGUGGGAGAGAUUGAGAUACUAGUGCCAGAUGGAGGUGACAUCCAGGCUGCUCUACGGAGAAUCGAAAAGACUGCUGACAAGCUUGGACUCUGUGGUGACAAGAGAGUUCAAGGGAAAAUGGAUGUCUAUCUCCAGAGACACAGCCCUGACCAUUACACUAAACUACUUGCUGCUCAUAUAUUGUAGAAGAACUGGGAAGGAUCACACUGUUACUGUUCUGACUGAGAAAUCUGUUUCUGUAAGAUGUUAAACAGCAUAGAUAAAUAAGAGUUUGAUUCCUGACUCACAACUACCUCUGUUGAACUGUCUGGUACAGCUACUAUUUGCAAGUCGACAAGACAUUGCUGGAAACGCAUUACAGUAGACUAUAGUAACAGUAUUGAUUGGGAAUUCACCACGUCUCCCCGUAACUGUAGAAAAUAGAAGGGGACAUUAGUAGCACUUGACUACAUGCAGCAGUGUAGAAUUUCCAUGUAUGUUGGCCAUCCUAGGCUACAUCAAAUGGAUGAAGCUUAACUGGUUUAAAUGAACAGGUGACAUGAUUGUCAUUUGUGCUGUGCUAAAUAAAUCAAGCAACUAUUUCUGA